AAGAAGAAAAAAAAGAUCUUUCCGGCGACCGGAAAAAACAGAGUGGAUCUGACAAUGGACGUUUGGGGAGGAGGUGUAGUGUUCGCCGCCACGGCUCUUUUGUUGUCCUCCAUCGCCUUUCUUCCACUCCCUCCGCCGGCGGGUUCGUCUCCUCGCCGCCGAUCUUCUCCGCCGACGACUUCCUCUUCUCCCUCUCCCGCCGCCGAUGACCAUGGGGCAAAGCUGGACCAGGCGAUAGCGUGUGGUCUGAUGGUGUUGGCGUUGGCCGUCACCUACAUUGUCCAUUGAUGCCACAGACAUGGAGGAAGAGAUUGAAGGAGACAAGAGUACAGAUCCUGUUUUUUCCCCUUUUGGUCGGAUCCUCCUCUCAUAAUCUUCAACCUUUCCCUGUCACCUUCUUCUUCUUGUAACUGUCGUCCUGUACUGCUUACUAGCCGAC